UCCUAUCCUUGUAAGAAAAUGUUUUGUUCUCCGAGGACUGACCGGGAUUUGGGAUAUCUGUAGUCGGUUUAUCACAUGUCUGGGAAUAUGGAUGAUCCCUGCAGGAUCCUGCCUCGUUAAUCUCCAGGUCAGAGUGAGUCAAUGUAUUCGCCUGCCCCAAAAUUCUUCUCGUGGCCCCACCCUCAGUUUAUGCUCUACGUAUUUACACCCAGAGUCAGUAAGGAUGAUCCAGUGACUGAAUAAGGAAUUCCAGACUUCCAGUCAGUCUUGGAGCAAGAGGCCGUGUGAGCAGAAGGCUCUCUCGGUCUAAAACAGCAGUGAAAUUAACUUUUUGAAUUUUUUUAUUUAUUCAUUUAUUUACCCGCCGGACACAAGUGAAAAGCAAGGCACAAUCAAGUUCAAGAAAUGGAAGGACUGCAGUGUUUCUGCUCAAUGAAAGUGUCUCCUGGUCCAGGUCGCACAAGGAUGGCGAUCCAAGCCGAGAGCUCAAUGCAUAACCGUCUCUCAUCCUUAGCCACUGCAGCCCGGCUUGGUCACAUCAACUGCGUCAAACACUUGAUUGAAAAAUGCGCUGCGUACGUACGACAAGACGACCCAGGAGCGAGUCCCUUGGUACUAGCAGCGUUGUCUGGCCACAAACACAUCGUGGACUACAUGAUUUCCAGGAGAGGCCUGAUUUCGAGGAAGGAGAAGAUAGAGGCGAUGGAUCUCCUCGGUGCCUCGUACGUCGAAAAGUACCGGGACUUUGCGGGCGCUUGCAAGAUCUGGAAUGCUGCUCGAAGUGAGAGGAACAUGGUUAUGCACCACCGAAAAUCUGCGCGAGAGCUGAGAGAGGCGAACUCGAACCCCAUCGAAAUCCGGUGCUUGGCCCUGCUCGUGAUGGAGAGAGUGUCGGACAAGUUGGCCCAUCCCGCCACGGACGCAGACUACAUCAGCUUCAGACGGUCGGCAUUCACGAACACCAACGACUUCGACCGCUGCAUCACGACCUGGCUAGAGAAUUUCAACCGGCAGCCACAGCUCCAGGAACCGAGGAGGUCGUUGACCCAGCUCCCCAUCAUGCUGCUGAUCGCCUUCUUCUCCUACCUGCUGAUCGAGAACCAGUUCGACGAGAGGGCGGCAUCCUCGGUGGAUUUCUUCGACAUGAUGUACAUCCUAGAGAGCGUUCUGAAAGUUCUAGAGAAAGGAAUAAACGAGACGGGUCGGCACACUCAGAACUAUCUCGUCUUGGCCCUGAAUAUCCUAUGCUUCGUCAGGAAUUUGGAACCCAGGUUCUCCGACAUUCACACGUACGCCAUGCAAAGGAUGGCGUACGCCAUCGUGCAAUUGGACGCUAAAGGCAGGAAUGGCGCGUCAUUGCUCCACCUCGCUUGCGCGCAGAGUUCCUCCAAAAUCUUGGGGUUGAGUCUGGUCAGCACCUUCCCUGACGCAGACACCAUCGACCUCCUGCUGGAGUGCGGUGCGGAUUCUUGCGCCGUCGACGACGAAGGCAACACCCCUCUCCAUACACUCGCGAGGAACGACCGGUCCUACCCGAAGAUCGUGGAAUCUCUCCUACUGUACGGGACGCACCUCGACGCCGCCAACAUACGUGGGGAAACUUUCGCUUCCCUAAGGGCGUCCCGGGGGGAAACUCUGAGUCAGUACGUCAAUCCGCUGAGACACAUUUCCCUGCAGUGUCUCGCCGCCGCUGCAAUUCGGAGACACGGCGUUGCUUACGAGGGCAUCUUGCCCAAACGACUAGCAGAGGUCGUACGUCGUCAUUGAUUGUGAUAUAUAUAUAGGUGCCAUGAUGCCACUCAUAUUUUGUUUUUAGGAUAAGUUAAGCAAAUAUGACUUACAAAUAUGAAGUGUGAAAAUGACUACUAUGUAAGUUAUGUGACAGAAUUUCGUUUUUAAAUGUCAUGCAUUAUUUUCAUUUGUCAUUUUUAUUUUAUUCACCUGUAGACUCCACUGUUUAUUCACAAAUGGACCAUCCAGUAACUUAUCUGUAACCCAUUCAAGUCUAUUUCGUGUUAAUAAGUGGAUUCAGUGGGCCUUUUUUUUUCUUUAACAUUAACAAAUAUAUUAACUGAUUAUAAUUUGCUUAUUCUACACUCCCUUGAUUCAUUGCCUGUAUACGGAAAAUUGAAGGAAAGUCUUUUUACAGGCAAUGGACCUCAGCCUUAAUUUAGCAAGUGCAAUUUGAAGUAGAACGCUGCAAAUAUUUUAAUCUGAGUGACCACUGGCCCACCAUUGAUGACUGAAUCUAUGUCAAGACGGUGAACCUUGGAUUUAAUAACACUAGUAUAAAUGUAUGUAUAUUAAAAUUAACUGGAAAUGAUAUACAAGUAGUGUUCAAAUUGUAACUGUCAAAACAUUAUUGGAACACUGUUAUUCCGAUGGCCUCGUUCACAGUAUUGCCAACGGUGGGAUAAUUUCACCAAGGCCUAGCUGUUUUGAUCAAUAUGGUCAUCAGUAUUCAUACUAUUGCAUAUAAACACGACCAAAAGAUUUAUUUAUUACCAUGACCUCAAAAUGUUGGAUAAUUCUCAGUUAUGUAGGGUAAUUUCUUAGGUACAUUUCGUGCCUGACAGCCUA